AUGUCUUCACUGAAGAGAAAGAGAACACCGGCUUCUCAUCCCCCAGUCACACCUCAUACCUCUGGGCGUCGACUGGGCCACAGGGCGCUAUCAAGUCGAGCCACUAGCAUCGGGAGUGGUCCUCCUCAAACCCCGACGACCACGUCAGCAAGUCAAUUGCGCACUCCAUUUCUCACGGAUAGAAGGGCUGAAACUGAUCGGUCGGCGAGGAUUACCGUCGAUGACUUUGAGGAUCAUGUCAUUGCUGCCAUCGAUAUGAAGGACUAUGGAACGGUGGGGUGCGCAUACUACUCAGCCGAAGAGGAAAAGAUGUAUCUGCUCGGUGAUAGUCGCUCCGGGGGAAUGGAAACAAUCGACGCCUUGCUUCUUCAGAUCAAACCGACAGUGGUUCUUACCCCUCCUCGUGUCGAUCUGAACCCGGAGAAUCAAAACCAAAAUCUUGCACAAGAAGAUGUUACUUCCGCUUAUCUUCCCUACCAAAUAGAUGUUCGUCCCACGCCAGAGUUUAGUUACUCGAACGCAGAGAGCAAAAUCCUUGCUUUGGAAAUUUCAUCUACACACGAAGAGCGUAUCCGGUUUUUCGUUCCUCAAAAUGGCCUCGCUGGACCCGAAGAAGUCGAUCCGGAAGAAAUGGGUUUCACACUUCAGGAAGGAAGGCUUUUGCACGUCUCAAGUUCUGUAGACAUGGACAAUCCCGUGACUAUUGGUUGCGCAGGAGCUAUACUCACCUACUUGCAGCGACGAAGAGCCGCGGCACCUAGCUCUCUGGAAGCAGGGAAUGAGUAUCAGAUUCGAGCACUGCAGAUGUUCAACCUGCGGGAUAUGAUGUGGAUCAACAGUAGUACCUUCACUUCUCUCCAGAUAAUCCAAUCGGAGUCACACCCGAACAUGUUUAACCAAGGCCCCGGGAAGAAGUCGGGAACGGGGAAGGAGGGUCUCUCAGUCUAUGGCAUUUUCCAGCACUUUGCAUACACUCCCCAGGGCAAGGCAAAACUCAAGCAAACAUUCUUUCGCCCAAGUGUGGAUCUGGAUACGAUUCGUGGACGGCAUACUUUUAUAGGGGUGUUUUGCCGCCCCGAUAAUCUCGCCGCAUUGGAAAAGAUGACGAAGGCUUUGAAACAUAUCAAAAAUCUUAGGCCUGUCAUGGUGAAUCUUCGCAAGGGGAUCAGUACUGGGAGUGCGAAAGUUACUGGGUUCAAGACUACAGUGUGGGCCAGUCUUCUCGCUUUUGCGUUCUACUCUAUCGACAUCAAGGAUGCACUCCAAGAGGUCUCGGGCGCUAGUGUUCUGGCUCUUCCAAGCAAGGCUCUCCGAGUUUUUGAAGCUGCACAGCUAUACAGAGUUGGUCGUAUGAUUCAAGGAGUUGUCGAUAUCGAUAACUCCGAAGAACAAGGAAGAACAGUUGUCAAGCAGGGAAUCGAUAGAGAUCUUGACCGAAUUAAGGACAGAUACGAUGGCCUCCACAGUCUUCUCAAGCACGUUGCCCUCGAUAUAGCCGCGACAAUCCCCGCCGCUUGUGAUGUCGAGAUAGAUGUCAUUUAUUUCCCGCAGCUUGGAUUUAACAUUGCCAUCCCUCUCAAUGAAGAUGGUGUUGCAGCGUAUACGGGCUCUGGUGAUGAGUGGGAAAUCAUGUUCAUCACGGAAAAUCGGGCAUAUUUCAAGGACUUUCGCAUGAGAGAGAUGGAUGAUAAGUUGGGGGACAUAUAUGGUAUCAUUUGCGAAAAAGAGAUUGAGAUUGUGUACGACUUGGCCCAGAGGGUUCUUCAAUAUGAGAAUGUGCUCGUUGAUGCCUCUGAUAUCUGUGGAGAAAUCGAUAGUCUUCUUGCUCUCACACAGGCAGCUAGCUUUUACAAGCUAUCAAGGCCACGAAUGGUUGAAGAGAAUGUGAUCAAAAUCAAGGGUGGCCGACACAUUCUUCAAGAAUUGAUGGUUUCUUCCUAUGUGCCAAACGACACGAAUCUUGUGGGUGGAAGUGACCCGGUAAUCAAUGGUUCUUGUUCCAUGGAUCAGAAUCCCAGUAUGUUGGUCUUGACCGGUCCGAACUACUCGGGGAAGAGUAUCUAUAUGAAGCAGGUCGCUCUGAUUAUUUAUCUAGCCCAAAUUGGGAGCUUCGUUCCGGCAGAAAGCGCGGAAUUGGGAAUUACAGAUAAAAUAUUGACCAAAAUCAAUACUCAAGAGAGUGUCUCCAAGAUUCAAAGCACUUUCAUGAAUGAUUUACAGCAAAUAUCCCUCUGCCUGAAACAAGUCACAAACCGAAGCUUGGUCAUCAUCGACGAGUUUGGGAAAGGUACUAACGAAAGCGAUGGCAUCGGACUCGCUUGUGGCAUAUUCGAGUACCUACUGAAUCUUAACAGUCCAGCGAAAGUAAUUGCAGCUACUCAUUUCCACGAGCUUUUCGAGAACAACUUCCUCACGUUGCGACCCCAGCUCCACCUUGGACACAUGGAAAUCCAAGUAUGUGAAAAGGCUCAGGAAGUCGAGGACCAGGUGACAUAUCUUUACAACUUCCGCCCGGGGCGUAGCAACAAGAGCUUUGGCACAAUUUGCGCAGCAGUAAACGGCAUUGACCCAGCUAUCGUGUCUCGCGCAAACGAAAUCGCUUCUCUUUCAGCUCGAGGCGAGAACAUUGUCGCAGCAUGUGCCAUUUUAUCUCCAGAAGAAAUGGAAGAUCUAGAAGAAGCGGACACACUCGCGAGAAGUUUUCUGGAGGUUGAUUUCUCGCAAGGUGGCUCAGACCAUGUCAAGGCAGUUUUCGAAAGUUUGUUCUAG